AUGUCUUCGUCUCCUACCCAAGCUCCCGCGACAGCUCCUGCGGCGACCAGCUCGCCACCUGCAGCAAAUGCGGGUACAGGCCCCGACGAAGGGCCUAUUGCGGCUGAUCCUGGUGUUGAAGAGACAGACAACGAGUCCCAGGCCGAAACGAACAGCCUCCGCUCGUCUACUGCGUCUUUGAGUGAAAGCAUCUCAGAAUAUCGCCGCCUCCACGGUCGCACGUACACUCAAAAGACAGAGUACUGGGGGCCAAACGAUGAGAAGCAGAACGAAGGCCUUGAAAUCAAUCACUACUGGAUGACGCUGUUUCUUAAUGACAGGCUCUUCCUCGCGCCUAUUGGCGAUAGUCCACAGCACGUGCUUGACGUUGGCACUGGAACCGGAAUCUGGGCAAUCGACUUUGCAGAUGAGUUCCCGUCAGCGGAGGUCAUUGGCGUCGACAUCUCGCCCAUUCAGCCCUCAUGGGUCCCGCCCAACUGCAAAUUCCAGAUCGACGACAUUGAACAGGAAUGGACCUUCCCUGCUGACUUCUUCGACUUCGUCCAUAUCCGCAACCUUGAAGGCAGUGUGUCCGACUGGCCAAGACUCUACAGAGAAGCCCUUCAUUCUAUGAAGCCCGGCGGCUACAUUGAAGUCAAAGAGUUCGACAUCGAAGUGCGGUCGCAGGUCCAGGAAAUGGACGAGAGUCACCCCUAUAAGGCCUGGGCCAAGAAUAUCUGCGCCGCUUGCGACAAGCUUGGAAAGACUGGUAAGCAAUGCGUUGAUCCUGGCAUUGCGCACAACCUGCGGGAAGCUGGCUUCGUCGACAUUGUCGAGAAGAAGUGGCCGAUUCCUAUCGGGUCUUGGCCGAACGAUCCGCUCCUCAAGGAAGUAGGUACCGGCUUCUUGGAGUAUCUUGAUCAGUCCCUUGAAGGGUUCGGCACCUUCCUCCUGAAGGAGAUCAUGGGCUGGGAACAUGCGGAAGCCAUCGUCUUCAUUGCCGAGAAGCGUAAGGCGCUGAAGGAUGCGAACUUACAGCCAACCAUUGACCUGUGA